AUGUGUGGCAUUUGCUGUUCUGUGAGCUUCUCUGUGGAGCAUUUCUGCAAAGGUCUGAAAGAGGAUUUACUGUGCCGUCUCAAACGACGGGGCCCCAACAGCAGUCACCAGUUGUUAAGAUCUCACGUGAACUACCAGUGUCUCUUUUCUGGUCAUGUCCUUCACUUGAGAGGUGUCCUGACGGCCCAGCCUGUGGAAGGUGGAGGGGGUGAUGUGUUCCUGUGGAAUGGAGAAGUCUUUGGUGGCAUAAAGGUAGAAGCUGAAGAAAAUGAUACCCAGAUAGUGUUUGAUUAUCUUUCUUCUUGUAAGAAUGAAUCUGACAUUGUAUCGCUUUUCUCAAAAGUACAAGGUCCUUGGUCCUUCAUAUAUUAUCAAGCCUCUAGGCAUCACUUAUGGUUUGGGAGGGAUUUUUUUGGCCGCCGUAGCUUGCUUUGGCAUUUUGGUAAGUUGGGCGAGACUUUGUGUCUCUCUUCAGUUGGCUCUCAGCUAUCCGGAGUGACCAGCCAAUGGCAAGAAGUUCCAGCCUCUGGAAUUUACAGACUUGACCUCAAUUCUACCUCCACUUCCAGUUGUGUAGCUUUAAAUUUAUAUCCUUGGAAACCUCUUGGGGGGAACCUUAACACAGAAUGUGUUAACAAUACUCUGGCCCGUAUUUCAGCAGACUUGCCACCAUGUGUGUCCGUGGUGGCAGAUGAAACUCAGUUGUAUCUUAAGGAACCUGUCAGCCCUUUAAAUAUGAUGUUGCCCCAGUGUCCGCUGGAAAUUCCUUGUCGCUCACAGCACUGCGUUCAGCCCACAAGAGAGACACUUGAGGUCUUUCUGACGGAUGAGCACAGGAAGGCCGUCGUCGAGCGCUUCGUUGAUGUCCUGGGCACUGCAGUCAAGAAGCGUGUGCUGUGCGUGCCUAGGAGCGGACACCCGCCACCGCGGGAGAGGCUGAGAACUGGGGAGGAGAGAGCACGGGUCGCCAUCCUCUUUUCUGGGGGCAUCGACUCUAUGGUCCUCGCGGCCCUUGCGGACCGCCACAUCCCUUUACACGAGCCGAUAGAUCUUCUCAAUGUGGCUUUCAUGACCAGAGCCAGAGCGCGGACCGGAGCGGGUAGUCCUGACAGCAAAAAGGGGAAACAGACAAGCCGUUGUGAAAUCCCUUCUAAAGACACCUCCGGAAAUGCCGGCGCUGCCGAGGGUCCCGAUAGCCGGUUUAGUGUCCCGGACCGUGUCACAGGGAGAGCUGGCCUAGAGGAACUACGAGCCGCUAACCCUUCCCGGGUCUGGAAUUUUGUUGAGAUCAAUGUCUCCCUGGAAGAGCUGCAGAAACUAAGAAGGACUCAGAUAUGCCACCUCGUCCAGCCCUUGGACACGGUUCUGGAUGACAGCAUCGGCUGUGCAGUCUGGUUUGCUUCCAGAGGGGCUGGCUGCUUAGCGACCCAGGACGGAGUGAAACUUUAUCAAAGCGAUGCAAAGGUCGUGCUAACUGGCAUCGGUGCGGAUGAGCUGCUGGCAGGUUACUCUCGCCACCGGGCCCGCUUCCAGACACACGGACUAGACGCGCUGAAUAAGGAAAUCGAGAUGGAAUUGGCCCGGAUUUCUUCUAGAAACCUUGGUCGUGAUGACAGAGUUAUUGGUGAUCACGGAAAAGAAGCAAGAUUUCCUUUCCUAGAUGAGAAUGUUGUCUCCUUCCUCAAUUCCCUACCAAUCUGGGAGAAGGCAAACUUGACUUUCCCCCGAGGAAUUGGUGAAAAGUUCAUCUUGCGUCUAGCUGCAGUCAAACUUGGCUUAAGAGCUUCAGCUCUUUUGCCCAAAAGGGCAAUGCAGUUUGGAUCCAGGAUCGCAAAACUGGAAAAGAGGCAUGAAAAGGCAUCCGACAAGUGUAGCCGGCUCCAGGUCACUUCCCUAGAAGACCUUUCUGCUGGGAAAGAGUAGUGUGUGCUAAGUAGUGCGACAAUAGUUCACCGUGUUUGCUGAGUGAUGAUCACAGAAAAAUAAAGCAUUGCUGCUUGACCAUUUUAUAA